UGUUUGACAGCCGAUCAUCCCCGAUUGUGCUCGAAGAUGUUGUAAACAAUUUGCGAUGAAUUUGUUGAUUGUGGUCACAAUUUCCACACUUUUUGUCCACAAAUCGGAAUGUUCUUUGGGUGACCACUCUCCUUACUACCAAAGAUGCGUGGAAAAGUGCGGCUUAGUAAACUGCACUGACGACGGGCUACAUUUCACUGAUUAUGCACAGCCUUUUUACUUGGAACUGUUGCAGUGGUCGUGCGAAGACGAGUGCCGCUAUGAAUGCAUGUGGAAAACUGUCGAUGCCUUUCAUGAUCGAAAAUGGAGAACCCCACAGUUUUAUGGAAAGUGGCCUUUCGUACGCUUUUUUGGAAUACAAGAGCCCGCGUCUGCAUUUUUUUCAGUGUUGAAUUUCUAUGCCCACAGCGCGAUGAUUACGAAGUUUAGGAGGGAAGUGCCCAGUGAUAGCCCCUUGUAUUGGCUGUGGCAUAGUUAUUGCAUUGUUAGUUUGAAUGCAUGGUUGUGGUCCACAAUUUUCCAUACCCGUGAUUUUCCCAUUACUGAGUUGAUGGACUAUGCAUGCGGAUUUUCAGUUGUACUUAUGUCGUGUUAUUGUAUGAUCAUGAGGUUGUUCAGAAAUGGCCCUAACUUUCUUCUAGUCAGUAUUACAACAUUCUUUGUUGCGUUUUUAGCAAAUCACGUGGCCUAUUUAAGCAUGGGGGGUUUUGAUUAUGGCUAUAAUAUGAUGCUCAACAUAUAUAUAGGGACUUUUACUGCUAUAUGUUGGUUUGGUUGGAGCACCUACAAUAGAGUCCGCCAACCGUAUGUGAAAAAGUGUGCAAUAUUCGUAGUUUUAGCAGGCCUAGUCAUGCUUUUAGAAAUAAUUGAUACUCCUCCUAUUUUAUGGACGUUCGAUUGCCACUCAUUGUGGCAUUUAUCGACGGCCCCUUUAAUAUGCAUCUUUUAUAGUUUUUUAAUUGACGAUUGCAAGUAUUUGAGGAAAUUAGAGCAGCAACGAGAAGAUAAAAAACUCAAAUAAUAUCACUUCUAUUUAUAAUUUUUUUAAAUAAAUAUUUACGUUGUACAUAAAA